UGAUUCGUCCAACCAACAAAAACCCUCUCUUCUCUCUCCGUCUCUUUCGUACUACUACUCGUCAGUCUCGCUCGGCUUACAGCUAGAGAGAGAGAGAGAGAUGGAGAGAGCGGAAGAGGACGAAGAGAAUUCUGCAAUGACGGCGAACAGUGAAGCGGAGGAGGGGAAAGCAAGGCUGUACGAGGCUUACAAUGAGCUGCACGGUUUGGCGCAGGAGUUCCAGACCCCCUUCGACGCGCCGGCGGUUGUGGUCGUCGGCCACCAGACUGACGGCAAAAGUGCCCUCGUCGAAGCCAUAAUGGGCUUCCAGUUCAAUCACGUGGGAGGCGGCACCAAGACCCGCCGCCCCAUCACCCUCCACAUGUGCUACAAUCCCCAUUGCCAUUCCCCUCUCUGCCACCUCCUUUCCGACUCCGACCCCUCCCAGCCCCAGCAGAAAUCUCUUCAAGAAAUCCAGGCAUAUAUUGAAGAUGAAAACAUGAGGUUGGAACAUGAUCCUUGCCAGUUCUCUGCUAAGGAAAUCAUAAUUAGGGUAGAAUAUAAAUAUUGUCCAAACCUCACCAUUAUAGACACUCCAGGACUUAUUGCUCCUGCUCCUGGUCGAAAAAACCGAGCUUUACAGGGGCAAGCUUGUGCAGUGGAAUCUCUAGUGCGAGCAAAAAUGCAGCAUAAAGAGUUCAUCAUAUUAUGCCUUGAAGAUUGCAAUGACUGGAGCAAUGCAACAACACGGAGGGUGGUAAUGCAAAUUGAUCCUGAGCUAUCCAGGACUGUGAUUGUUGCAACAAAGCUUGAUACAAAAAUUCCUCAGUUUGCACGUGCCUCAGAUGUGGAAGUUUUUCUUUCUCCACCUGGACGUACACUUGAUGGCUUCAUGUUAGGUGACUCUCCAUUUUUCACAUCUGUCCCUUCAGGAAGAGUUGGUUCUGGACAUGAAUCAGUUUAUCGAUCAAAUGACGAGUUCAAACAGGCUAUUUCUAUGAGAGAGAUGGAAGAUGUAGUAUCAUUGGAGGAGAAGUUGGGUCGUCAACUCUCAAAGCAGGAAAGAAGUAGAAUAGGUGUGAGCAGACUCAGGAUAUUCUUAGAGGAAUUGCUGAAGAAAAGGUAUAUGGAUAGUGUUCCAUUGAUCAUUCCACUUCUUGAAAAGGAACAUAGGAGCACAACAAGAAAGCUUAAUGAAAUAAAUGAGGAACUCAGCACUUUGGAUGAAGUAAAAUUGAAGGAGAAAGGAAGAGCUUUCCACGAUUUGUUUUUGACCAAGUUGUCGCUCUUAUUGAAAGGGACAGUUGUUGCACCCCCAGAUAAAUUUGGAGAAACACUACAAGAUGAGAGGAUAAAUGGAGGGGCAUUUGUGGGGACUGACGGUCUUCAGUUUCCACACAAACUAAUACCUAAUGCAGGAAUGCGUCUUUAUGGAGGUGCUCAAUAUCACCGGGCAAUGGCUGAAUUUCGUUUUGUUGUUGGUGGAAUAAAAUGUCCGCCGAUUACACGAGAAGAAAUUGUAAAUGCAUGUGGAGUCGAAGAUAUUCACGAUGGGACAAAUUAUUCUAGAACAGCUUGUGUGAUUGCUGUUGCAAAGGCUCGUGAUACAUUUGAACCUUUAAUCUAUCAGUUGGGUUUUAGACUCUUACACGUUCUGAAGCGAUUGCUUCCCAUCUCUGUCUAUCUUCUUCAGAAAGAAGGUGAGUUCCUAAGUAGACAUGAGGUAUUUCUGAGGCGUGUUGAAUCUGCCUUCAACAAUUUUGCAGAAUCCACUGAAAAAUCAUGCCGCGAAAAAUGUAUGGAGGAUUUAGUUAGCACCACCCGUUAUGUGACCUGGUCUCUCCACAAUAAGAAUCGUGCUGGAUUACGUCAUUUCUUAGAUUCAUUUGGUGGAACAGAACAGAACACCACUGGUGGUAAUUCUGUAUCAGCUGGUCUGCCUCUGGAGUCAUCUUCAUUUGGAUCAAUGGUCAAUGAAAAGCAUGACGCUAAGCCAAGGGUGGAUGUAAAAAUCAAUAAUCUGUCCUUGGGUAUGGACUCUAGUGCCGCUAUGCAGACAUCAGAGAUGAGGCUAGCUGAUCUUUUAGAUAGCACACUUUGGAACAGGAGGCUUGCUCCUUCUUCUGAAAGGAUUGUAUUUGCUCUGGUACAACAGAUAUUCCAUGGCAUUAGAGAAUAUUUUCUGGCUUCUGCUGAAUUAAAGUUCAACUGUUUUCUUCUAAUGCCGGUAGUUGACAAGUUGCCUGCACUCCUUCGUGAGGAUAUAGAAUCCACAUUUGAAGAUGAUAUGGAUAAUAUUUUUGAUAUUACUAAUCUGCGCCGUUCAUUGGGGCAACAGAAGAGAGAAACAGAAAUUGAGCUGAAACGGAUACAAAGGCUUAAAGGAAAAUUCAGACAGAUCCAUGAGAGGUUUAAUUUCCAGCAGUUCAUGUUGACGACAUAGCUAGUGUGUGAGUGCCGCUUGGUGAUUCUUCUUGUGGAGUGGGCAUCCAUCAUCCGAACUGUAGAUAAAAGUGAAAUGUUUGAGAUAUGUUAUUGGCUUGUUUUUUCAUUUGCUCAAUUUUCAGAAAAGAGGCGUUAUGUUGGUAUUAGUAUUAGAUGCCUUUUAUGGAUACCAUGUAUUAAAAAAUAUAUUGUUUCUGUUUACUUGCUGUAAUUCUAAUGACUAAUUUGCUUUGAACCAGUAUUGCCAAAAAAAAUGUCAAUGCACUA